AUGGCCACCAAAUGCAGAAUAUUGGUUAGUUUUCCAAGUCCUCGUACCACGGUAGAAGCAGCGGCUGAUACGGCGUCUACAGGUGACACCAAAGCUGGUACUUUGAUCGGAGUCGACCGGUUCGGCAACAAGUAUUACGAGAACUUCGAGGAGGAGCUUCCCCUCCGUACCAGAUGGGUCGACUACAAGGAGAAGUACUUCGAUCCUUCUCACAUUGAGCCAGGCUGGCACGCUUGGCUGUCCUACAUGGUUGAUACUCCCCCGAACAAAGACAAGAUCCUGGAGACCGGUGUCCGCAAGUGGGAGCUGCCUGAGCACAGGCCCAACUUUACCCUCACUCGUGCUGCCUACAAACCCUACUCAACGACACGACCCAAGAUCUCGGCUUGGAAUCCUGUUGCAGCUCCGCGAUAG